UAAACUAACUAAAAUUCGCACAUUCAUUAAGUGGUGUUAAAUUUUAACGGAAGCCCGUUAAUAUCCAAUAACCCAAAUUCAUCUGAUCCGCCCGAUUAUUUUAUAACCCGCCCCAAUUCAGUAAAACCUACGACCUUUGGUUUAGCCGAUCGUAAGUACCCCCAACUUAAUCAUAUACGGCUUAUACACACGAGAGGGAGAACAACAAUCAUGGAAGACGAAAGAGAACGACGACGGAAUUUAAAGAACAAGACUCAAAGUAGCAACGAUUCACAGAGACAAUUGCAUAGUAUCAAAUUAUUUUAUGGAGGUGACUUUGUACACAUUCCAGUGUGUAGCUACACAUCGCAGUUGUACAAGGUGUAUUACAAUAUUGAUUUGGAAAGUAUUACUAUAUCUCAGCUUAAGGUACGUGUUGGUGAUGUUCUUGGUGAAUAUGAUUCGUUAUAUUAUAAAGUUGAAUCUGGAAUUAAAUUGGUCAACAAUGAGUCAUUGCCUAAAAUUGCUGAGUAUUCUAAGAGUUGUAAGAAUAUGGCCAUGUUAUUUGUUUACCAUGUCAUCCCUCCUGGGUUUGAUUCUGAUAGAGAUGACGAGGAUGACAGGAAUGGACAUAGCUACAGUGAUGAUGAAUUUGUUGAAAUAAGAAAGAAAAGUAGACUGGAGAAAAAAAAAUUGGAUGAACUUCAAGAAAAGCAUUACAGUGAUGAAGAUACUGAGUCUGAUAGUUCACUUAAUAGUGGAUCUCUAAAUUAUAAAAGCAGUGAAGAUGAAUCAGAUAGUGAAAUUUGCUAUGCAGCACCUCCCACCUCUGACAAAGAAAAAAGUGUGAUUUUAUUAUUCAAUGAAAUGACCCCUGCUAGUGAUAUAAAGUGGAGGGUAGGGCUCAUUUUUGCUGAUAAAAAACAAUUAAAAAAUGCUGUAAGGUCUAGCUCAAUGGAGACAGGUAGACCAUAUCAUUAUUUAGUUGAUGAUAAAAGGAGAGUUCAAGUAGGUUGUGCAAAAAGUUGUCCUUUUAAAAUGUGGGUCACCCAUAUUAAAGAAAAUCAAGGUUGGCAGAUUAAAACUUUAAGAGAUGAGCAUAAUUGUGUGUGGACUUACAACAAUAUGCUUGUGACUGUGAAAUGGCUUGCUGAUAAAUAUGGGGACAGAAUUAGAAAGAACCCAAAUUGGAAGUUGAGGGAAAUGCAGGAAGAGUUUAAAAGAGAACUUAAAGUUGAUGUUGGUGAGUGGAAGUGUAGUAAAGUUGAUGUUCCUAAAAUGAAAAGAAUUUUAGAUGAGGCUAUAAAAGAUAGUGUAGGCUUUAGAGUUUUGUGGGAUGGAAGGGAUAAAUAUGUAGUCAAAGGGAAUGGGACUUCUUGUGAAGUAAGUUUGAAUAACAGAACUUGCUCAUGUAGGGUGUGGGAAUUAACUGGUGUACCUUGUUGUCAUGGUGUCACAGCUAUCCAACAUUCUAGACAAAACCCGGUUGAUUUUGUAGCUCACUGGUUCACCAAAGAAACUUAUAUGAAAUGUUAUUCAAAUUGUAUUGAAGUUAUUAGAGGGGAAGAAUUUUGGGAUGAUGUGAUUGGUGAUAAUGUUUUACCACCUUUAAUAGUGAAAAAACUUAGAGGCCGGCCAAAAAAUUGUAGGAGGAGGGAGGGAUGGGAAGGAGGGAGAGGGACUGUUUGUAGUGGAAAAUAUAAAAGAAUGAGCUACGCAGGCAGAGUGAUGCAUUGUGGAUACUGUAGAAAAGAGGGUCACAAAAUUAAUGCUUGUCCUGAUAAGCCUCAUGAUUAUGUGCCUCCAAAGAGGGGUGAAAAAAAAGGGAGACCAAAGAAGGUGAUGACUGAACAAUUUGAUGAGACACAAGUUGAACUUCAGCUACAGCAAAAAGAGGAUGCAACUGGUGAAGAUUUGAUGAUGGUAGAACUGCUAAAUCAAAUGGAAAAUGCAGCUGAUACACAAAAUGAGUUAGUACCUAUAUUAUAUGAUGAUGUUGAGAUGCAACCAACAGCUAGAAUGCUAUUUGUGCCUACACCUGGAACUACAACUCCACCCAAUGUUUUUGUAGAAAAAAAGAAAAAAUGGAGGAAAGCAUGUGGUGCAAAUCAGUUGUCUAAUUCACAAACAGGGAUAAGAAGUACAAGUGGGAGACUCUUGAAGAAAGUGCAAAAGUUUACACCUCCAAGAACAAUUAGAAAUUGAAUUUCAUUUUCUAUUCUGCAGCAAUAGUAGUUUAUUAAUGCCUGAUCAUGUUACAGGCUUAUUUAAGCGUAUUAUUUAAAAUGGAACAAGUACAUAUGGUCAUGAAAUUGGACAGAUUUUUGGUCCCCCAGAGACUACUACAGUGACAUUUGCUCUGGUUUACUGUUGCCCCGAACGUAGGCUUUUUGUUCAUUAACAGUGUGCCUCAUUUCAUGUCACUCUCUUUUCAUUAAAUCAUUAAAGACUUCUGUAUUAA